UUUUCUUAGUAAAGCUGUCAACUUUGGUAAACUUCAGUGAAGUUUCUGUGAAUUUCCUGGAUUUUCUCGUGCGUUUUUUCCCAGUUAUUUGUGAAUUUUCCGCCCAGCAAAGAUGGGCAAUGCAGGCAGCAAUAUGCCUCGUGAGAGACACAAAUCCAGCUCAACUGACAUCACUCCCGGAUCUCCGGGAAUGAAAGAUGGUCAGGCUUUUGUGUUUGAAAAGAAGAAGGUCACAGGGCCCCCGGAAGACGAUGAACCGUACUACACCAAAACAGUCAAAUCCAUUGAUCCGGAAUUCGUGACGGAGUUCAGGCAGAGGGCAAACACCACGUCCGAGGACCCCAGGGACAGUGGUGAGGAGGAGCUGGAUGAGAAUGGGGAAAAGAAGAAACCUGCCUUGCCAACAGUGUUCAAGUGGGACGGAGGCGGUAGGCAGGUGUAUAUCAGUGGAACAUUUUCGGAUUGGCAGACAGUUCCCAUGGUCAGGAGCCAUGGGGACUUUGUGACGAUAAUCGAUUUGCCAGAAGGAGAUCAUCAGUACAAGUUUCUGGUGGAUGGAGAGUGGAAGCACGAUCCGAAACUGAAAAAUAUCGACAACGACGUCGGGAACAAGAACAACCUCGUGUCCGUGCGCCAGUCGGACUUUGAGGUGUUCCAGGCACUGGCCAAGGACAGCGAGGAGGGUGGAAACAAUGAGCAGAAGGAAUACACUCAAGAAAUUCCCACAAAUAAGCCCUGGGAAAAGGUAACAGGGCCCCCAAUUUUGCCUCCUCAUCUCCUUCAGGUGAUCCUCAACAAGGACACUCCACUAUCUUGCGAGCCAACUCUGCUUCCGGAGCCGAAUCAUGUGAUGCUAAACCAUCUGUAUGCCCUGUCCAUCAAGGAUGGAGUGAUGGUGCUGAGUGCUACCCAUCGGUACAGGAAGAAGUACGUCACGACGCUCCUCUACAAACCCAUUUAGCUCUUCUUUCCACAAUUCUUAAGCUUCCGGACAUCUUCUGGACAACUUUGCCCUGCUCUAGGCAGAAUAUCACCCACUAAUUUAGGAUUUUAAUGGUAUAACACGAUAGAAAGGGGACUUGGGAGGAUUUUUCAGGGCUCUAUCUUGUUCUGAGGAUUCUUCAAUCCCAUUUUUCUUCACUUUUUUGUUGCUUUGUAAAGAAUAUAUUUUAUCUAUUUUAUUGUAACUGGACGGCUGUUUACAGAGAUACAAGUGAAUAAAUAUAUUUGCCAUGUAA